AUGUUGUCUCCACCACAGGCUAGGAGCUCAGGAGUGCCCGAAGGGUCCAACAGAAAACGAGGAUUCGAGAACGUGGAAGACGUUUCCGACAGUGGUGAAAGAAGCAGUGAUGCUGUUGACCCGGAGCCAGUACCGAAAGCUAGCUUGGAAAUCUCAGCGUCCAAUAAGCGUCUUUGCAAACUGCCGCAGUACAAUUUCCUGCGAUUCUGCUACCGCCACAACCCAGAUAUCCAACAGUCUCCGACGCACACGGCGCGUUUCGAACAGGACAAGCAACGGCACUCCAAGCUGCACAACAAGAUUAGCAAGCUAAUACCGGACGAACAGCGGCAGGUUAACGAUCUUCUGUCCAACUUCAUGGGCUGCAAUGACAAGAUGCGGAAACUGGUGCUGGAAGGCAUUUUAACCAACUGUUGCUUCCCGCAACUGUCGUUCUUGGCAUCCGAGAUCCAAAGUUUGAUCAAGAUCGAUUUCAUCAGCACCCUACCAGAGGAAGUAUCUCUGAAAAUUCUGAGCUAUUUGGAUUGCGAGAGUUUGUGUAACGCUACCCAGGUAUGUCGACGCUGGAAACAGCUGGCUGACGACGAUAAAGUAUGGUACCAUAUGUGUCAGCAACACAUAGAUCGCAAAUGCCCCAACUGUGGGUGGGGGCUGCCGUUACUACACAUGAAGCGCGCUCGUUUUAUCGAGUCGGAGGGCAGUCAAAAGCCAUGUCCGGAAGAGGUCAAUGGUACUGCUUCUGCACCAUGCAAGAAUGCUAGAAAGACGAGGCCUUGGAAAGUCAUAUACCGGGAGCGUUUCAAAGUGGAAUCUAACUGGAGGAAAGGACUAGCACAUAUUCAAGAAUUCAAGGGCCACAUGGAUGGCGUUUUAACUUUACAAUUUAACUACCGCUUGCUAUUUACCGGAUCAUACGAUUCCACGGUUGCCAUUUGGGAUUUGGCUACGGGCAAGCUUGUAAGGAGACUCACGGGUCAUCGUGAUGGUGUCAAAACGCUGUAUUUUGAUGAUCAAAAACUCAUAACAGGAUCGUUGGAUCGAACAGUUCGGGUUUGGAAUUACGUUACAGGUGCGUGUGUUUCUACAUACCGAGGCCAUUCCGAUAGCGUCUUGAGUGUUGACUCCUACAAGAAGAUAAUCGUGUCUGGGUCCGCCGACAAGACGGUUAAAGUAUGGCACGUCGAGUCGCGCACAUGCUACACACUGCGAGGCCAUUCGGAAUGGGUUGGGUGCGUUAAGCUGCACCCCAAGAGCUUUACGUGCUUCAGUGGCAGUGACGAUACGACAAUUCGAAUGUGGGAUAUCCGGUCCAAUACGUGCGUCAAAGUGUUCCGCGGCCAUGUGGGACAAGUACAGAAAGUGUUGCCGUUGAACAUCCUGGACACGGAAAACUUGGUUGUCGAUCAGCCGACCGAUGUGGGCGGGACUACGGCAAACAGCGGACUAACCCCAGACGCAGCGACUACAGCUGAAAACGGCGAGAACGCGCAAUUCACGACCAUGGACGACUCGAUGCCGUACCCGUCUCACCUGCUGUCGUGCUCGCUGGACAACACGAUCAAACUGUGGGACGUGCGCACGGGCAAAUGUGUGCGCACGCAUUUUGGUCAUUUGGAAGGCAUUUGGGACAUAGCAGCGGACAAUUUCCGCAUCAUAAGCGGCAGUCACGACAAGACCGUCAAAGUGUGGGACUUGCAGAGUGGCAAGUGUAUCCACACGUUCGACAGCCAUCAGGGGCCCAUAACCUGUGUUGGUAUAGGUGAUUCCGAGUUCGUGAGUGGGGAUGAGCUGGGGUGUGUGAAGCUGUACCGCUUCGACUAG